AUGAACUUGUUCGUGCCAAUAAUCAAACAUCUUUUGAUCGAAGCCCAAGCCACCAUCCCCAAGCAGACUCUGGCCCCGCAACUCUCGCGCCACGACUCGACCCAACACCUUGGCUUCUCAUUCUUCUCGUCAGCUCCGCCCCCUCCACUCAGCUCCUCCUCGCCAGCCAUGCGUCUACUCCUCGCAAUCCAGAAGGACUUGAUUCUUCGUGUGGAGAACUCGGUUGUGGGCACGGAAGCGCCAUCUCAGGCAUUCGUCGCCUAUGCACGCCUUUUGAUGGAGAAGUGCAAGGACCUCCUGCUGGGCGUGUUGGACUCUGAGUCCAUCCAGCGCAAUCAACAAUCAAUCUUGUUGACCGACUUCAAGUCGUCAGUGGUCGGCGCAUUGCUGCCUACACUCAUUCAUUCAUUGUUCCUCUUCUCCUACCACAUAUGGCUGGCCAAAGAGCUGCUGCCAUCGCUCGUCGCCCUGAUUGGCGUGGUGGACCGCGUCAAUCGCCGCCUGCCCAAGCUAUUCAAUCGGCCCGAGCUCGGUCGCCAGCCACUCCAGAAGCGCAGCAGCUUCGUCGAGGGCCCCAGUCGCAUAUCCGAGUCGCCACAUCCCUACCACCCGUUUAUGAACACACGCCAGCUCGUGUCAAUCCCAGGCGCCGUGUUCCUGUCCCUCGUGUUUGAUGAGCGCUCAUCGACCAGCACGUCUGAGGACCUGCUUCAGAUCUUUGAGGCAGCCGAGUCAAAGGAGCCAAUCGAUCAGUUCUCGCUAUCGCAGUGGCCCAAGCGCCGCAUAUUGAUUCCUGGCGACACCAUUUGUGUUCCAGUUCAUAACCGGCUCGGCGACACACAGCAGCAACAGCUCAUCAAACCCAUAUGGCUUCUGGGGCUAUAG